GCUUGCCGGGCGUCCGCUGGGGCGCCGCGCAGAGCCGAGCGUCGCUGGAACCGCUGCAGCAGCCGAAGGCGUGGGAGGUCUCCCCAGUGCUGCCUGGCGCCGCGGCGUUGGCCGUCCCGGACUGGCGGCAGGAGCUGAAGCUGCGCCCCCUGUCGCUGGAGAGGGACGCGGGCGCUGGGCUCGAGGAGGCCGAGGAGGGGGCCGAAGCGGAGGGCCCGCCACCCGCCGCGCCGCCGGUGCCCCAGAAGGGCAUGGGCAAGCGCGUCGUCGAGCUGAGCUCCAGCGACGACGACGACGUCAUCGCCGCGGCGGCGGGCGCCGCGGCGGGCGCAGCGGUGGCCGAGGUGGCCGCGGCGGGCGCCGCGGUGCCGGCGCUGCCCACGCGGGCGGCGGGAGGGGGCGGCUGGCGCUGCCCAGCGCCGCCAGCGCCGACGCCGGCGCCAGCGCCAGCGCCGCCCCCGUCCACGAUCAGGACGUUUGCCAUGGUCUGUGCCGACGCCGGCGCCAGCGCCAGCGCCGCCCCUGUCCACGUGGAGCCGCCAGCGGCGUCGGACGCAUGGGCUGCGGUCUGUGGGCUGCGCCCGCCACCUGGCGCGGGCGACAGCGUCUGGGCUCGCCCAGCGGACAUGACCCCAGCGGUCAUCGCGCUGGGAGACAUCGAUCGCCCGCCGGCGGCGCCAGCGCCGACGCCAGCGACGCCAGCCCCGACGCCAGCGCUGGCGCCAGCGGCGCCAGCGCCGCCAGCGCCAGUGGCCGAGGCGGCGCAGGGAGGGCCGCCGACCGAGGAGUCCUCGCCCAGGACGCCGCCUUCGCCCUCCGUGUGGUACGCGACGCCGCCGUCGACGCCCGAGGCGGCGUUCCUGGCCUACGGGGUGCAGCCGCCGCCGCUCCCCGCGCCGACGACGCCGGAGGCGGCGUGCCUCGCCGAGGCGCCGAAGACGCCCGAGGCGGCGCCGCCGCCCGCGCCCGGCGCCGCCGCCGCCGCCGCGGCGGUGCCGCAGCCGGCGCGCCCGAAGAGGCCGCUCCCGAGGCCGAUCCGCGCCCUGCCCGCGCUGCCGCCGCCGCGCCCAGCGCUGCCCGCGCUGCCGCCGCCGCGGCCAUCGGCGAGCCCAGCGCUCGGGUGA